AUGGCACAUACCCGCUACCACAGAAGACAUCACACGUGGCCCCACUGCGGCUCAGAGCUGUGCAUGCGUGAGCCCGGAGGUGUAGAGAUACACAUCUCGAAGCCCGGCAACGGCCCCGCAAGCUAUAUCUCAGGAUCCUUCCAGCAAGCAGUUCCCGCCUCAUUCAUGCCCGACGAGUUACUCUGCGAUGAUAUGGGCAUGCCAGAACUCACCCGCCAGCCAAGACGACCCCGGCUGUGGUUCCGAUCGAACAAAGAACGAAACGAGCAGAUAUCGCUGUCAGGGUCACCGGGACAAACGAGGAAUACUUAUCGGAGUGUGUUACGUCGGUUGACACGUCGGCCGCCUCUGAACAAGUCUCGCUCGUUGUUUGUCGUGCCUUCGAAUGUGGGAGCUGGUGAUGCAUACAUAAGGCGUGGCUGGAUACCACCUGGAGUUUUGGCUCAGCAGGCUGGUGUCUCGGGCUUCGAUGGACGGAGGUUGGUUGGGUCUGGGGCUUAUGUGGGUAGAGUUGCGGCUGAGAGACGGCAUCGGAGGUGUCAUUCUGAACAACCGCGCGCGUGGAGGAGACCGAGUGCUACACUGUGGACACUUCAGGAACACGAAGAAUGA